UCCCCUCAUAAAGCAUUUGUUUGCCCGUGAGAAAAAGCAGAAAAAUCCAUUGAAUACAGCUUGCCACUCGACCGAAUGGUACUGUGCUUUAUGUAGCUAAACAUGCAGACACGGUGUGUUUGAUGUAGACUUUUAUUGCAGUAACGGAUUUUUGUGUAUUACUGUGUUGUUGGAAAACAAUGGCCAUCGAAAGACAAUCUAGACGAAGGUUCUGCUCAUGGAUUGCCUUAUAUUUGGCUCUAUUGUUGUUCGUCGGAAUACGGGCUUUGGCAGAAAUAAGAUACUCUAUUCCAGAGGAGGUAAACGAAGGAACUGCUGUUGGAAAUAUUGCGAAGGACCUUGGUCUUGACAUCAGCUCUUUGUUUAGCCGACGAUUCCGAGUUGUUUAUGAACAUAAGGAUGCAUUUUUUGAGGUAAACCAGAACAAUGGGGCUCUGUACGUCCAUAAGAAAAUCGACAGAGAGGAGCUCUGUCAGGGCAGUGGUGCUUGUCUAAUGGAGCUAAAAGUAAUAGUAGAAAACCCGUUGGAAAUAAACUACGUGGUUGUAGAAAUUACUGAUGUAAAUGAUCACUCUCCUAGUUUUCCCGAAAAAGAACAGACCUUUGAAAUAGCUGAGCACACACUACCAGGAAAACGGUUUCAACUGCACACUGCUCGUGACCCCGAUGCUGGAAUUAACUCUAUUCGUACAUACACUUUGACAGCAAAUGAGCAUUUUGAAGUAGAUAUCCGUCAAAGCGAUGAGGAUAAAAUACCGUUUUUAGUGCUGAAGAAAUCGUUAGACAGAGAACAAACGGGCAAACACACACUACUGGUUACAGCAGUUGAUGGAGGCAAACCUCCAAGAUCAGGGACACUAAAUGUUUCUAUUAUUGUUCUUGAUAUUAAUGACAACCGUCCGAUAUUUAGUCAGGAGAUCUAUCAAAUUGAAAUAGAAGAAAAUGUUCCAGUUGGUACUUCAAUAUUUCAAAUUAAUGCAACAGAUCCCGAUGAAGGCACCAACAGUGACAUUGAGUACAGCCUCGGAAAAACUCUAAAGAAAAAAGUCUAUGACAUUUUUGAAUUGGACAAAUUAACCGGAGCCAUUAGAGUUAAAGGAGUAGUGGACUAUGAAGAUAAUGACGUUUAUAAACUGGAUGUUGAGGCAUCAGAUAAAGGAACUCCUCCACUGACAGGUGAGUGUAGAGUUAUUAUAAAGAUAAAAGACGUUAAUGAU